CAGUGCUGUAAAGCGUGCGCUGGAACAGCUGUCAGCGGUGCUUGUUGAAAACCGACUAUAUUUCAUAUAACAGCAAAUUUUCACUUGCUUCGUAGAGUUGUUCCGCCUGGGAAACACCAAAAUGCUGACGAGUUGUGCCUCGAAGACGCUGGCCGCCGUGCGCGGCGGCAUGCGCGCCAUUGCCACCAGCGGUGUCCAGUGCAGCGACAAUCUUUUCGUGCACCGCGACACACCCGAGGAUAAUCCCAACAUACCGUUCGAGUUCACGGCGGAGAACAAGAAGCGCGUGGAGGCGAUCAUGAGCAUCUAUCCGGAGGGUCACAAGCGCGGCGCUAUGAUCCCGCUGCUGGACUUAGCCCAGCGCCAGUACGGCUGGCUGCCAUUGUCGGCCAUGCACAAGGUGGCUGCGAUCCUAGGCCUGCCGAACAUGCGCGUCUACGAGGUGGCCACCUUCUACACAAUGUUCUUGCGCAAGCCCACCGGCAAGUACCACAUUCAGGUGUGCACCACAACGCCCUGCUGGCUGCGAGGCUCCGACGAGAUACUCGAGACAUGCAAGCAGCAGCUGGGCAUCGGAAUCGGGGAAAUCAGCAAGGACAAGAAGUUCACCAUCUCCGAGGUGGAGUGCCUGGGUGCAUGUGUCAAUGCGCCCAUGGUGGCGGUCAACGAUGAUUACUAUGAGGAUCUGACCGCCAAAGAUAUGCAGGAAAUACUGCGGGACCUAAAAGCAGACAAGAUUUCGCCAUCCGGUCCACGCAAUGGUCGCUUUGCUAGCGAGCCUAAGGGCAAGCCCACUUCAUUGACCGAGGAGCCAAAAGCGGCUGGUUUCGGUGUCCAACGUUGCAUCGAACUCGGCGAUGAGACGAACGAUGACAAAGAGGGCCCUAAGAAAUAGGAACCGUAAAGCCCGUUCUAUACACUGAUUGUCGAAAGAAAAAGUGAAAUAAACGCUAAGCAACUCAAAGAAAAAAGGUUAAACCCACAA